AUGACGUCUAGACUCUCUUUUAGUGUUUUCUUUCUUGCUUCUUUCACAAUUCCAGUUCUUUCACAUUUUGAGUAUCCUCAUUUGCACCAAAAUGACUUGUUGAGUAAUAACACCAACCCGUCACCUUUCGGGGUUUUAAGGAACGUACAAGGGUGUCGUAAAGGCGAAAAUAUAAAUGGCAUUCGUAACCUUAAACUUUAUCUAAGUCGUUUUGGAUACCUAAACUAUCAAAACAACCCAAAUGUCUCAAAUCCUAGAGAAGAUGAUUUUGAUGAGGAACUUGAGGCAGCCCUCAAGUCAUACCAAGUCUACUACAAUCUCACGGCCACUGGGACGCUUGAUGAGCCCACAGUGUCCAAGAUGGUCAAGCCCCGUUGUGGGUAUCUUGAUAAGGAAACCCGGCAACAUAAUGAUGGAUCAUUACAUACAGUCUCACAUUAUCGAUUUUUUCAAGGUAGACCAAAAUGGCCCAAGGAAAAAAGGCAUCUAACGUAUGCAUUUGGAUCACAUUUCCCUACUAGAUUUAUGCGUCCUAUUGCACGUGCGUUCAACAAAUGGGCUAUUGCUUCUAGACUACAUUUCACAUUCUCAAGAGCUAGAACAUACCGAAGUGCUGACUUAAAGAUUAGUUUUCAACGAGGAAACCAUGGAGACGGGUCUCCAUUUGAUGGACGAGGUGGAGUGUUGGCACACGCUUUUGCACCUACAGAUGGAAGACUACACUAUGAUGCGGAUGAUAAUUGGGUGGUUGGGGCAGUACCGAAUGCUUAUGAUGUCGAGACUUUGGCCUUACAUGAAAUAGGGCAUUUACUUGGGCUUGGUCAUAGCCAAGUUAGAAAUGCAAUAAUGUGGCCUACAUUCAACUCAGGAGUAACAAAAGGUUUGAGUUCAGACGAUAUCAGAGGUAUGCGGGCUUUAUAUGGCAUUUAGCUUAUUAUAUAUAUACAAAUUAGACAACGAUUGUAUGCUUAAUUAUAUCAUUCUGUUCAGUUUGCUUGUGAUUCGACUGUGAAUAAUAUAUAGUGAAUGGUGAUUAUCUUUUAUCUCACAAGAAAAUACCUUAUGUUUCCAAUUCCCUGCUAUGUAACAACGUCAAAA